UCUCGUUACCAUCAAGGCCAUCCUUCUGCCUGCGCUUGGUCGGAGGAAUUCCAGGCCGAGCACCAUGAUGUCUCCGUCCGACGAACUGAUGGCGCGACCACCUCCAAUUUUUUCGAUUCUCUUUCUUACUAACACAUUUCAUUGACCAUGAAGAAUCUCUCCGUAUGGCGUCAUGAAGAUGAAUCUAUGUAGACCUAUUUGACUAUAUAUGACCGUAACUGCCAUGUAAGAUGCCGUAGUGUUAUGCGGUGUUGAAACCGAUUCAAUCUCAACGACAUUGUUCAUCACACUGUUCCACCUACUACAACAGCAGCAGCAGCAGCAGCAGCAGCAGCAUGGCACCGGUACAGAAGAAGACGGUUCUGAUCACAGGCUGUAGCACAGGCGGCAUAGGCUCAGCCAUGGCCAAGGUCUUUCUCGAACAGGGUUUCCACGUCUUCGCCACGGCGCGCGAUCCCAACAAGGCGGCGGAUCUCGCGGAAUUAAGUAACGUUGAGGUCCUUGGGCUGGACGUUACUAUCGCCCAGACCAUCGCGCGGUGUAAGGACACGGUGUCGAAGCGCACAGGCGGGAAACUCGAUGUCCUAGUCAACAAUGCCGGGAUCGAGUCUCAGUCCCCAUUGCUGGACGUUGACAUCGCGGAGGCGAAGAGGCUUUACGACGUCAAUGUCUGGGGUCCUCUUGCUGUGGUCCAGGCGUUUGCGCCAUUAAUUAUCGAGGCCAAAGGAGUCGUCGCCAAUCAGAGCUCCAUUGAUGCAGCGUUGAACAUGGUGUGGGCUGGCAUCUUUUCCAGUUCAAAAGUAGCUGAAGCGCGCAUGUCGGAGAUCCUACGCCUCGAACUGGAGCCGCUGGGCGUGCGUGUCGUGACGAUGAUGACUGGGUCCGCUGAUACGCCUAUGUUCGGCAAGCCUGGUGGUCGGAUGAGAUUGCCUGAGACUUCGUACUAUCAUGGCGUUGAGGAUGCGGCGUACAAGGAGAGGAUGAAUCAUCAGCGCCAGGCUAUGAAAGUCGAAGUGCUGGCUGAGAAGCUGGUCAAGGACAUUCUCGGUGGGACUAGGGGCAUGAUUUGGUAUGGGGCGCUUGCUUCAACUGUGCGGAUUAUGACAUGGGCGUUCCCGACGUGGGUUGUCGACAGGUUGGUCAAUGGCGAACGGGGCUUGAAGGGGGUCAAUCGCCGUUAGGGGUGAAUUUCAACUGGACUUGGGGUAUGUACGAUAUAAUGGAGACUUGGAAUGUGUAUGCUUAGGAGCAGACCCUAAUGCGUAGCCCUUUGCAAUGUUAACAUCUGCUGGACGUCAGUAUGGUGUCUUGGGAAGUCCUUGUUCGAGAGUCGUGUUGAUGAUUUGCAGAAUAUAUAAUUCAGCCAUCGCUAUCAUCGCGGGCUUUGCCAGACGUGUAACAGAAUGCAUCAGCACUUCAUUUAAAACCUGCUUCAUGAAUCGAAGGUGCUUACUGCCACGGGCUCAUUUAAGGGUGACUUGUUCAAGCAUGUAAACAAUGUAGUCAAGGAGAUGAGUAGAAGAGAUUCCUGUGCCUAUGUGACGUCGCCGUGAAUAUCAAAGUUGAAAAUUCUUUGCCGAAUUUGACGAGGCUAUGUGACAAGGCUGCCGAACUUCGCCUUUCGGAUUCUUU